ACAUUCCGCCAAGACUAUGCUGAUAUUGGAAUCCUGCGAGGUCGGCUUCCAGCAAAUGUCCCAGUACUUGUUGUGUCGGCAACCUUACCAGCUCACGUUCUCGAUGACGUUUGUGCAAAACUGCAGAUUGCAAAGGAUUGCGUGUUUGUUCGAUUAUCAAAUGGGCGACCCAACAUAGCCCUAUCUGUUCAUGUUAUGAAACAUCCU